CAGUACAUAAUAAGAAAAUGUUGUAUUUGCACUUACAAUAAAUGAAUCGAACAAUAAAUAUUAAUAAUGAAGCAAAAUAAACGAUAGAAUCUUCAGUUAACUAAAGCGGAAAUUGAUAAAAAAAAAUUUAGUUGUUAAGAAAGUAAAAAAUAAUACCAUAGUUAAUAACUUUUAGUUAAUUCUUAUCCUUUUAAAGAUGACAUUCCAGCUCUCAUAACUUCAUCAACAAGGAGCAGAUUACUUGCUACAAUGACACUUGAAGCUAUGUACUGUUUUUUUACAGAAUAGUUGUCAAGGAUUCCUAAAUCAGUAGGGAUCAUCGACUUGCCAGUUUGAAGAUCCAAUCCGAUUGAAUCAUUCUCCUUUGCAUCAUAAUCAAGUUGUGUAAUUACUUCUUGAGUGUUGAAUCCACUAUUCAUUGCGAGGGUUUUGGGAAUAACCAGGAGUGCAUCACAGAAGGCCUCAAUUCCAACACGAUACUUUUCCUUAGUUUUCUCAGCAACUUUUUUCAAUUCAUGGCGUAAUUUUAAUUCUACUGCUCCUCCGCCUGGAAGUACACCACCAUCUUCAACUGCAUUUUUGACAGCUCUCAAACCAUCCCGAAGAGCAUCUUGAAUUUGAGUAAUGGCAUAUGAAGUCGGGCCAUGAACAAGUACAGUGACGCUAUGAGGGUUUGGGCAAUCAGACACAAAUGUAUACUUAGUUUCUCCAAGAACAUGCUCAUAAACGAGACCUGCUCGUCCAAGACAAUCUUCAGUGAGAUCAUCAAGGCUAUUCAUCGCUACUCCACCACAAGCUAAAGUUAGUCUCUCCAUAUUUCUUCUUUUGGCUCGCCUGAGAGCCAUUAUUCCUUCUCUAGCUAGCAUAUCCAAAGAGACAGGAUCAAUACCUUUCUGAUUAAUGACAACAAAUCCUUUGUCUGUUCCAUCACAUACAGAUUUCUUCAAAGCAAUAAUUUUUGCAACUCUUAACUCAAUGAACUCUCUUUCGGAUGCGACCAGUUUCUCUCUUUCCUGUGCUGAUUUAUAGAAAAACCCACUAUUUAUCUCUGUUUUCUCAAAUUCAAGACUUACGUUACACGUUAGAAUAUAAGCAUUGGUUAGUUUCUUGGGCAUAUUAGGGUGGCGUGAACCAUGAUCUAAGACAAGCCCUCUAACUAAUCUGGUUUCAGAUUCAAGACGGCUCUGCAUUGUCAUAAUUUCAAUCAUGUGUAAAUCUAGGGGUUUAUCAGGGAGUUUGAUAGCUUGCACAGCUUCAACACAAAUCUGGGUUAAUACCUCGGCUACUUUAGACUCUACCUUUGUAUUAAGAGCUGUUCUAGCAACAGCAAUAAGAGUUUCCUUAUCAUCAAGACUAACUGUUUUCUUCAUACUAUCCAAAACUUCCAUGGCGUGUUUACAAGCAACAGUGAAACCUUCAGUAAUUAACCUAGGAUGCACACCUUCAAUAAUAUAAUUGUCGGCUUUCUUUAAUAAUUCAGCAAUAAGUAAGACUGUGGAGGUAGUUCCAUCACCGGUAAUGUCAUCCAUAGCUGUAGAAGUUCUGGCAAUAAGAGAAGCUGUAGGAUGCUGUAUUUGCAUUUCCUUCAGCAAAACAUUACCGUCUUUAGUAAUUUUAAUGUCACCAGCACCUGAAACUAACAUUUUCAUGGUACCUCGUGGACCGAGAUUUGUCUUCAUGACGUCUUGUAAACCUUUAGCUGCACUCUGGUUCAUAGACAAAGCUUCUGUUUUUCUCACAACUUCGGCUUUCGGAUUCAAUAAAGUAAUUGCCGCCAUCGUAAAUAAUAGUUAUACUAUAAUCAGAAAAAACAAACAGUUGUGCGAUAAACGCCUACAGAUAAACUACUAUAACCUCUGCACAAUGUGUCUUGUAUAUCCCGUUCCUGCUGAGUCUUGGAUGUUUUUUUUUUUUAAAGCUUAUUCAGCACAACAGAUGGUUUUUAUUUAUUUAAUGAAAAUAAAUUUAAUUUUUGUUUCUUUUAUUAAUGGUUUAGUAAUGAGUUUUAAUUUUGUUUUACAUUUCAUCUAAAUUGGUUGAAAUAUAUUUGUCACUUCAAGACAAACAUUGUAUAAUGCAUUUUAUUUUUAUUUUCAAACAAUCUAAUAUUAAUUAAACACCAGAUAAUAUAAUUUUUGUUUCCUUGAUGUAGGAAACAUUUGUCUGUAAUAGAUGAAUAAGGCUCUGGCCGCUACGUGUGCCAGUAUUAUGUGCUGUUGUAAGCUACGUGUAAGGGGAAGAGGUUGUCAUUAAUAUUCUUUUUACUUUCCAGCCAGCAUUAGUCGUGUAAGUUACCACAAGACUGGCUUUCUAUCGAGAACUGUAAGGAUUUAACCCUGGACCAGUGACUUAGGACUCGCACAAUGGCUAUCAAGUUUUUGGAAGUAAUAAAACCAUUCUGCAGUAUAUUGCCUGAGAUAGCGAAACCUGAACGAAAGAUCCAGUUUAGGGAGAAAGUAUUAUGGACUGCCAUCACACUUUUCAUCUUUUUGGUCUGUUGUCAAAUUCCUCUAUUCGGAAUUAUGAGUUCAGACUCAGCAGAUCCCUUUUAUUGGAUUCGUGUGAUUCUUGCCUCAAACAGAGGUACUCUCAUGGAACUUGGAAUAUCCCCAAUCGUUACAUCAGGCCUCAUUAUGCAAUUACUAGCUGGAGCAAAGAUAAUAGAAGUUGGUGACACGCCUAAAGACAGGGCUCUUUUCAAUGGAGCUCAGAAAUUGUUUGGAAUGGUUAUUACUGUUGGACAAGCGAUCGUUUAUGUAAUGACUGGCAUGUAUGGAGACCCAGCUGAAAUUGGAGCAGGUAUUUGCUUGCUUAUCAUCGUUCAGCUGUUUGUAGCUGGCCUUAUAGUUCUUUUACUUGACGAACUUCUGCAGAAGGGCUAUGGUCUUGGGUCAGGAAUAUCUUUAUUCAUUGCUACAAACAUCUGUGAAACUAUUGUUUGGAAAGCAUUUUCUCCAGCUACUGUCAACACUGGUAGGGGAACUGAAUUUGAAGGUGCUGUCAUUGCAUUAUUCCAUCUCCUGGCAACAAGGCAAGACAAAGUCCGUGCUUUGCGUGAAGCUUUCUAUAGACAAAAUCUUCCAAAUUUAAUGAACUUACUGGCUACCAUCCUUGUGUUUGCCAUAGUGAUUUAUUUCCAGGGAUUCAGGGUAGAUCUUCCUAUUAAGUCAGCUCGUUAUCGAGGUCAAUACAGCAGCUAUCCUAUCAAGCUCUUCUACACUUCAAACAUUCCUAUUAUUCUUCAGUCAGCUCUUGUAUCAAAUCUAUAUGUUAUAUCUCAGAUGUUAGCUGUGAAAUUCCAUGGAAAUGUGUUUGUUAACAUGCUUGGAGUGUGGGCAGAUGUUGGAGGUGGUGGUCCAGCCCGAGCUUAUCCAGUCGGCGGUCUUUGUUAUUAUCUAUCGCCUCCUGAAAAUCUUGGUCAUAUACUUGAAGAUCCUAUCCAUGCUAUGUUAUACAUCAUUUUCAUGCUUGGUUCUUGUGCUUUCUUCUCCAAGACUUGGAUUGAGGUUUCUGGAUCAUCGGCAAAAGAUGUUGCAAAGCAACUUAAGGAACAGCAAAUGGUAAUGCGAGGUCAUCGUGACAAUUCCAUGAUCCAUGAACUGAACAGGUACAUUCCAACUGCAGCAGCGUUUGGGGGUCUUUGUAUUGGUGCCCUGUCAGUCCUAGCUGACUUUAUGGGAGCAAUUGGCUCAGGAACUGGUAUCCUCCUUGCCGUUACCAUUAUCUACCAGUACUUUGAAAUAUUUGUGAAGGAGCAGAGUGAGACUGGUGGCAUGAGUACUCUUCUCUUCUAAACAAAUGCAAUAAAAUAUAGAAUUCAAAAAAGUUCACACUUGUCUCUCCUGUAUGUAACGUGCAAUUUAGAUUGGAGACGUGUGUGAAUUUAAUUUGUACAAAUUAAUUUAUUUAUAAAUUGAAUUGUAAAUAUGUUUCCAGCUCUUUCAAAUUUUUCUGCAUUUUUUUUUUUAUAUACAUCUUUUUUUCCUUUUUUUUUUUUGUUCUGUUUAAUUACUAGAUAAAGUAUUUUUCUACUUUGUUGUAGAUACAAUUUUCAGAUAUUUUUUAAAUAUUCUAAAUUUUAUUUAUAUAUAUAAAUAUAUAGUCAUUAAGUCUUUUGUUCUCUUAUUAAAUUUCUUUUUUUUAUUUUUUAUCGUGGGUCAUGCAUUAAUAAAAUCUGAAAACUAAUGCCCUAUCCAAGUUAGUUUUUAAGAAAUGAACUUUUUUCAUAAAGUAUUUGUGACCCAAUUCCUAAAUGUAUAUCUCGAUUUUCUGAGUGUAUUAAAGGUUUGCGCUUGGCCGUUAGACAUACUCUCAAUUUGUUUUUGUUGUUUUGUUUUUUAAAGAUGAGAUUACUAUUAUUAGUGGUAAUGUUUACUUAGUAGACAUGUAAUUUUGUCAAUAAAGAAAUUUGUAAUUUUUUAUGUUAUAUUUCAAUAAAAAAAAAUACGACAUAUUAAAUGAGAAUUUCUUAUGGAUUGAA